UCCCUCCUUCCAGCCCCGCUCCGUCUGUGGAUGUGUCUACUUCGCUGCAAGCCUCACUACUGAAAUCAGCCCAGUCGCGUCAGUGCGUGGAAAAUCGUGAGAACGCGCUCGCCGGCACUUAAUUCGUCAGGACCGGGAGCCGCCGGUGUGCGCCUUUCUGUUUUUUUGUAGGGUGGCUUUGCGAUUCGGCACGGUGUGCGUACGGGGCGCAGCGGACUGACCGCCCAAGAGUUUUAUUAGGAUUUGACCCUCCAUCCACGGGAGGAUUGGGCUUUCGUGUCCCAACGCAGGACAAAGGACGCUUGGGGGAAUUAAGGAAUAAAGGAGGACAGCAGAGUGUGACAGAGGUGAAAAUGGAUCGGAGGGUCCUUGCCCUCGCCUUUGGUCUUUUAUUCAUCGGCGGGUGCUCGGCCCGCGUGGUGACGGUGUCGUCUGGUCCGCUGAUCAGAGUGGAAGGUCAGCCCGUCUCUAUAAGGUGUGACGUCAACGACUAUGGAGGACCUCGUGAGCAGGAUUUCGACUGGGAGAUGUCCAAGGACGGAAAGGGGAAGACGAUUAGAAUCAUCUCCACCUUCGACUCCGCCUACUCGGACAGCUCGUACAGCAAGCGCGUGGCGUCCGGCGACAUCUCGGUGGUGCGGCUCCAGGACAACGAGGUGGAGCUGAAGAUCGCCGAGGUGAAGCCGCAGGACGCCGGCUUCUACAUCUGCCGAACGCCGAGCACCGACUCGGUCAUCAGCGGCAACUACUUCGCUCAGGUCCAGCUCACAGUUAUCCCCAACACCCUGAAGGUGUCCCCCCAGACUCCACCCGCCGCCGUCCCAGAAGGAAGCGACCUCACGCUCUCCUGCAACGUCACCCGGGAGCUCAACUACCCCACCUACCUGUCCGUCACCUGGUUGGUGAAAAAGGGGGGCACCUCCGAGGAAAUUCUCACCUUUGGACCUCAGGGAGAGGUCGUGACGGGUUCAAAGUUUUCUCGGCGCUACGCGGACGGGGGCCUCCGGUUGGUUCCUGGCAGGGGCGGCACGUUCGAGCUGGUGAUCUCCAGAGUCACCACGUCUGACCAGGGCACCUACGAAUGCAACGGCACUGAAUGGACGCACGAAAGCGGGGGGACAUGGACGAAGAUUGUGGAAGCCACCAAAGAGAUGGGGACAGUCAGCGUCACGCCUACCAGCCAUUCCCUCAUCGUGAGCGCUUCAUCUUCCUCUCCGUCGUCCUCCUCCCUGAUGCUGUCUCCUGGCAACACGCUGACACUCCUUUGCAACGUUUUGGCCGACAACCUUCCUGCCCUCUCCCUGGAGGUGUCCUGGUUGGCCGAUGGCCGUGAAAUCAUCACCCUGGACCACAGCGGGUUGCUGAUCUCCAACGCGUCUUCGAACGGAACGCAGGCGAAGAGAGGGGAGGCGAGUCUGGUGAAGACCGGGAGCGGGGAGUACAGGCUGGGGGUGAGGGGGGUGAGCGGCGAGGAUGGAGGGGUUUAUACCUGCCGGGUCCGAGCCUUUAUCGAGAAAGGAGGACGCAGCACCAGAGGGAGGUGGCACAUGGCAGCGGAGAAGACGUCCAGCCCUGUGACUGUGAAGGUCUCAGAGAUCAAGCCCAACUUCACGCUGAGCCUGGCAGCCUCCGCGAAGCCCCAGAAGACGGGCGAACCCCUGGAGCUCUCCUGCGACGUGUCCAAGAUCUCCCAUUUACCUCCGGGGGGCCGACUGGGCGUCAGCUGGGAGCACAUCAGCCUCCCUGACGGGGGGACUAAUGCUCCGCCCCCGAAGCUCAUCGGCUCCUUGGAUGGCUACGGCAACCUGGUGUCGGCUUCGGCGUACAAAGACCGGAUGGACAGCGGGGCGCUGGGUCUCAGCAGAGUCGCGCCCAACAGGUUCAGACUGCGCUUUCUCCGCGCCCAGAAAAUCGACAUGGGCCAGUACGUGUGCACCGUCUCCGCCUGGAGCGUCAGCAGCCAGGGGGACGUGGUGAAGGCCGUCGAGUACAAAAGCUCUCCGCUGACCGUUCAGUGGGACACCAAGAAUCCGACCCUGCAGAUCCUGGCAAAGUCCAUCCGUAAAGCUACGGUGGGCGGGGCUACCUUCGAGAUGAGCUGCACCGUCUUCACUGAGAACGUCGGCGACUGGAUCGGCUACGCCGUCUACAUCCAGUCCCAGGAAACGGUGGGAGGCAGCGUGAAAACCCUCAUGUCUCUCAGCCCCGAUAACGUGGUGCAGCACACCGACCCAAGCAGGAGAGACAAUCUGGUUCUGUCCAAAACCACCCCGGAGGAGUUCCUGUUCCGCCUGGCGGGGGUGCAGCUGUCCGACCGAGGUUACUACUGGUGCAACGUCACCGCCUUCACCAAACAGCAGCCGGAGCAGUCCUGGACCACGGCGAACCACUCAGAGUCCAACAAAAUCCCCAUCAACUUUCAGGAAAACGGCCCGUCUUUCUCCAUCGCCAUCCACUCUGACGUCAGCAGCGUUUAUCCGUGGGAUACGGCCAAGAUGGAGUGCUCCCUCGGCGUCUCUGGAUCGUCACCAAAAAGCGGUACAGCACACACACAGACAGAGGACCUGGCGUAUGCGGUGAGGUGGUUUUUCACCCGGCUUCGGGACGGACAGACCAGUCAGGUGAUCAGCAUCGACCGCUUUGGCCUCACGACGAAAAAGAGCCGCAACUCUUCCAGUGACGUUUCAGUAGAGCGUCGGGACGCGAACACGUACAUACUGAACAUUUUCAGGACCCAGGACAGUGACACCGGUGAGUACUACUGCAUGGUCACUCCGUGGUACAAGUCGGCCUCAUCAGGAGUCUGGACCCAAGCUGGAGAGCUGACUUCCGGCAAGGUCUUCCUCUCUGUCAGAAUGGCAGUCUGGGAGUCCUUGAAGCUACCUCUCCUAUAUGGUGCCGCGGCCUCUCUGGGUGUGGGCCUCUUCUCCGUGCUCCUGGGACUGAUUUGCGCCCAGUGCUGCUGCCGCAGCAUAGUGCACACUCCCCGCUCACGCAACAAACUGAUGGACCUCGAGAUGGACUGACAAACACUUUCCCCUGCACCCACACACUGCAGCGCCCACAAGAAGCACCACACGCAAAACAGACACACGCCCGUCGACGACUUCUGGGACACCCACCUGUUUGCCGCCGACGGCCGCUGGGAGUAAAUCUGUCUUUUGGAAGCUUGACCGACCGGAUCACAGUGCUUUUUAAAAGGUGCUUGGGGACUUCUCAGCUCUGCAGUAUAGGUGCAGGGGAUUUACACGCUCGCCAAUGGAGUAAUAGCCUUUCAGACUUCUGUUUUUUUUUUUUUUUUGAGUACAUUUGUUUUCCCAAAAGGAUUUCUACCUAUAUGAGAAACUCUGAUGAAUCCAGAGCUUCUGAGAUGUCACUGCCCGCUGGGACUAAAGGACCUCUACAGAGAUCCGCCGCCUCUCUAACCACUAGGAAUAACAAAUGAAGCCCUCAGGCUGGAUUACUUUUAUGCUUUUUUUGGUUUGCCGUUUUCAGAUGCCAAGGCUCAUUGCAAAUUACAACCUUUUUUUUUUAAGUCUGAUAGCAAGUGGGUUCAUCUGCGCAACGGUGAUCCACAAAGAUGUCCAAGCUGGGCAUUUUCUUCAGGAUUAAUUGAACCUGGAUUUAUUGUUUUUUUUUUUAGUUUAACGCCUGAGCCUUCCUUUUGCCAUAGAGGAGUUUGUGGAGUAAACAUUAGAAUCAAAAGUGCUUCAUGUACUUUCCAAAUGAGAGGCAUUGCACUACCACUCCGGAGUGUUCGUAUUUUAACAAAAGGAAAAAGACUAACUUUAUUGUCAAGACAUUUUUUUUUUGUUUUUUUUUUUUGCAAAAUUUAAGAGAUUUUAAACAGACAUUAAAGAGACAUUUUUAAGCUUUACAAAAAGAUAUGCAGUUGGUGUGUUUGUGUGUGAGAUAUACUGUACACGGUGCCAACAGAUGUGGAGUUUGCAUAGUUCAGAUGACCAGACCGACACUUGAACAGUCGCUACCAGCGGCGGCUGAAGGCACUCCUCUUUUAUAAGUAUUCAGAAAUGUAUCCAGAUGUUAUUUUUCCCUGAGUCUUGUGCGUGUUUUGUACAGUGUGUGAGUGCUGUGUGACAAAUGGUUGCAUGUACUGUUAAGUAACAGUAUGAUGUUUCUUCAUAAGCCACAUUAAUCUUUGUCCUUUGACAUAAAGAGCCUGCUACUUUCGAAUUUUAAAAACUGGCUGCUGCAAAGCUAGCUAUCGCAAGCACAUGAUGACGCUAAAUCAGGAUGACACAAUAAACUCAAUUGCUUUUUUUUUUGGUUUAGGUUAAUCAUAGUUCAUAAUUUGCAUGUUUAUCAGCCUCAAAUUUUUUUUUAUUUUUUAGCAGUUUUCUAUAUGUGUUUAGCCUGGAAUAGCUUAGCACAAAGAUAAGAAAUGGGGAAAAUGCCAACUUUGCUUGCUAAGGUCAAGCUUAGUCUAUGAACAACCCAGUUUUGUUAAGUGACUAUUAAACUGCAUUUGGUCUUCAUAUUAACCCCCGUUUUUAUAAUUUCUUUUGUAAUCAACGUAGGCAAAACUGUGAAAGUUUUGCAUUCCAAAUCUAUAACUCUUUACCUCAGCUGCUAGUCUUGGGUAUGAUGCUAAACUAGGUUAUAUCCUGCUUCAGCCUGGUCUAAAGCACUUUUAAGAUGACCUACCACCCACUUCAAACUAGGCCUCAUUCUUUUUCAAGCUAUAGCCUAUAUCCCACUCAAUGCUAGGCUAUAUCCUGCUUUAUGCUAGGCUAUAUUCCACCUCAUGCUAGGAAGAGAGAGACAUGGUCCUAUCAGAUGCUACUUUACUUAGGGGUAUCCAUAGCAAGUCAUUACAUCUCACACACAGAGUUGGCAGAUUUUUUACACUUGAUGCCCUUCAUGACGCAACCAGUAUUCAAAGCCCAUAUCAAAGUUGCAAAUGUAGAGCACUGCGCUACAGAGGGACUUCAUGCUAGGCUAUAUCCAGCUACAUGCUAGGCUAUAUCCAGAUUCAUGCUAGGCUAUAUCCAGCUACAUGCUAGGCUAUAUCCAGAUUCAUGCUAGGCUAUAUCCAGAUUCAUGCUAGGCUAUAUCCAGAUUCAUGCUAGGCUAAAACCUGCUUCAAGGUUGGAAGUGUUCCAUUUCAGGCUAGGGUACAACUUAUUGCACUUUAUAAUGUCCAAAAACACAGGUUUUUAAAUUGUUAAUUUCUUCAUUGAUGGUUACUAGUUGAAAAGCUAACCAGAAACCAUUUGUGAAUUUGAAUUUAUCUUGAAAAGAUUUCCUUAAAUCAUUUAACAUGUUUAGUUUCAAACCUUGGGUUCUUCCAUGCCAAGCUAACCUUCCCGCUAAUAUUCAUGUCACAGGUUUCUUUUCAGAAAAAGCCUUUCAAAUAAAACCAUACUUACAUGCAUAACUUGGCACAAUUUUAAGAUAUUUAUUAGUUUAAAACUCAUAUGUCUGUAAUAAAGUCUCAUAGAUAUUUUUGCCCUGACUUUGUUUAAAUUUGUAUUGAACAUCUAUAAAAGUCUAAAAAUGAUUGUAAGAAAGCAGUUAAGUUCAUUAAAGUUAAUUACAACUAGAUGUCUAAUUUCACAGUUAAGGUAAAGUUGAUUCAUGAAGUUUUUUGUUGUAUUUCUGCUCAUUUUAAAAACGACGGUGUGAAAAAAUGGAAACGGCACUUCGAUUGAACGGUAACAAGAAAUUUGCUCAUGAAACAAAAGAAUUAGACAACCACUUUUAGCUUUUAUUAAAAACUAAUUAAUAGAAAUGUUUAUAUUGAUCUUGGAAAAAUGGCACAGCCAAAAGGUCUUUAAUGAAAUUAAGCAAACUUUAUUUCAAGAUUGUUUUGUACAUUUCAAAUUUAUAUGAAAUAAGCUAAUACAAGAAAUUUAGAACUUUGAAUCAAAUGUUUAGGUCAUUAGUCAUGUAGAUGUUCAGUACAAAUUUGACCUAAUUAACCACAUUGUUUGUGAUGAGAUUUAGCGAGAUUUUUCUUUUUGUUAUUAAGAAAAUCAACACAAACUUCGAUGGCUUGUUGAGUUGGCAUAGUGAUAAUAUUUUUUUUUGAAAAAGGUUAAAUAAAUGUUCUGUAUUUAAUCUUCUGAGAGAAGAGCAAAUGAGGAAAAAUGUAUUAGCCAGUUGGUUGAACGUCAGUUUAUACAACAGAACCUGCAGAGAGUCUGUUUUCUGUUGUUGUUUUUCUUUUUUUUUCAUUAGCAGUUGAAUGAACUUGUGAUUGGCGCAUCAUGUCGACUGGUGUGUGAACACACUCUCACGGCUCUAACACAAAGUGAUGGAGUUUCAGUAUCAACCCACCAGGAUCCAAACUGUUUUCCUGAACUAAGUGGGCAGGACAUUGUUUGAUGUGAAUUAAUAUUUGAGAGCAAUAAUCAGGUUACAGCUCAGAGAAUGUUCUACUCUCAUUCAGAGCUACAACACUCCAAGACAAGGAGAUUAUUAAUUUAUUUACUUAUUGUCCAUUAGAUUAAAGCAAUUUAUGUUCUGCUGACUUCCUACUGUUUAAUUUCUUCUUAUGAGACAGCAAAUACAGGAGGAUUUUUCCAACCACAACGCAGCAGGAAUACUAUGCCAAACGUCUUUUGUAAGGCUGAAUUUGACCUGGAUCCAAAACACAGAUGGAGAAAGUUGAUUUUGGAAAACCAAAUGGAGCCCGGAUCUGUGCGUCAGUUCCUAACACGUCCUUCUCCAAGGAAUGAAACCGGAGGAAUAUUGGACACAGUUGGUGUUUUGGCCUGACCGACUAUCGCUUUUAUUUUCAGGAAGUCAAGUUAAACACUCUGCAGUUGCGUGUGUGUGUGUGCUUCGUUCUGCUGUCUUGGUUUUCAAGAUCUGUCUUGCCAUCAUCAACAUGCCGUGGACAACAAUACUUUGUGCCAAAUGUUCCCAACUUUAGACCACACAACGUAGCAUUGAAGCACACCACUGAACUUGUCCCAGAGAGGCUUCCUUAUUGUCUUUUUUGUUUUUAUAGCAUUUAAAAUGAUCAAUCAUGACAAUUUUUUAAUAAAUAGAUUUGUGAUAUGUACCCUU